AUGAAUUGUGCAAAUUACGUUCGUGGUAAGGCUACUGGUCGUGGUAGAGGCCAGAAUUUGCCUAGAAACACAACUGGCAACGAGUUUGUCAUGGUGCGCCGCGUUGAGUCACACCCUACACAGGGGAGAUCCUCGUGUGGGGGUCGCGAAUCCGAGGUGACGAAGUUGACUGCCCAGGUUGGUGAAUCUCACGAUGCUUUUGAAUCUCGUCGGAAGAAGUACAUUCGAGACACGGGGUCGUACAUCCGGGGCCGUAAGGCACUCCAAAAGAAAAAUGAUGAGCUUAAGGGAAAUAUUGCCGACCUGUCUACUCAAGUCGAUAAAGGGAAAGAUGCUCCUGCUAAAGGCAAUUGGCCGCUUAACUACUCGGAAUUUCAAGCAAAGCAAAAAUUUGAAGCAGAUAUGGAUGCGUGCACUGCCAUUAAUAUUUGUUGGUUUCUCCGUCGCAUGGAGAGUGAUGCUCUGAGUUUGGAGGACUUCCGGCUGAUUCUUCAGGUGAAUGCUCGCCGCCAUCAACUUGAAAAUGACCUCGAACAGCUUGUGGCCAAACCUGACUCUGACGAGGCCAAGCUUCUUCGAACUAGGGUUGAUCGAGAUUUAACGUGA